UAGGCCUACUGGUGUGUUUCGGAGCUUAAUUGUGACAUGCAUUGCUUGGAACCAAAGUCCGACUAAUGUUUUGGAAUGGCGAAUCGAAACUAUGAAUUUCGUGCUACAGAAGAGGGAAACGAAACGAGGCUCUGAAACUGUACCUAAAGUCGUCACACAAUCUGAUCACGGAUCAUCUUUACCGAUGGCAUAAAACGACGGGAACUGAGGCGCCGUUGGAUUUUGUUUUCGACUGUUUUGGAAUGCUACGAGUCGUCAGCCUACAGUAAGAUGACAUACAUCGACCCCGGUAAUGCUCCCUAUUUACAUCUGGCAUGAAUGAUCCGUGACAAGAUGAAAAAAUGAGAGGAUGUAUUCCCUCGUUCUUUUUGUCCUCCCCUUACCUACGUAAACACUACCGGCUGGAGCAACACAGCCGAAGAGCCAACCAAGAAAACUUUGGGACAACAUUCCUGUGUUUAUACAGGCCUGUGUGAACGGAGAUCGGUAGCAUUGGCUUAGGAAGAAACGGAGACUUGUAAAGCUAUUGGAGGGAGGGAUUUAUUGUGUACACACAGCAGGUAACUCUGGAAACAAAACCGAUGAUAUUUCACCACGGGCUGGAAAAAUGAAACUUCAAGCAAGGACAUGUAUGUUGGAUAUAUAGCGUAUGAUGCUGGGUAGAUUUCUUUUGGUUGUGAUGUGUGUGUUGUAGGCCCUAAAAGUGAAUCUUUGGGUCGGAGUGUGAAAGCAACGGACAGAGACCAUGGCUUCUCUAACGGUACCUGAAGUCGCAAGCAACCUCAAGCAACAGCAUCCGAACAGCAGCCUGGCGUCCACCGACUCGGGUCUGGACCUGGAGAGAUUCCAGCCGGGGUCCCGCCGAAACAGCAUGCUGGCCUCCUUGCGGCUCCUGGCCGCCAACAGCACGGUGUCCGAGCGGUUCGAAUCCCGUCGCCGAGGUAGCCUAGAUGCAACCCGUCGCCGGAGGAGCGACCCAAUACCUGGGAUUAACGAGGCUGAAGGGCUAGGGACCGCUCAUCAUCAACAUCAGCGUGCACGGAGGGGCAGCCUCUCGGUCUUAGACGCAGGAGACGCGGCUACGUUCGAGAAAAGAACCCGCAAGAGGAAAAACCUCUCGGUACCGGACAUUCUUGAGGAGAGGACCGAGGAGUCUGCCAUGCAGACCUCCCUGGGCAUACGGAACGCAAGACGAGCUUCAUCUCAUAGUGGACGGGCCGGGUCGAUUCCUGACGGGGGGUCUCGAGGUUCUCAAACCCAUCAUGCAGGUUUGGAGACCAAGGGCGGCUUCCUAGCCGCUGGCAACUUGACCAGUACGUUCAGGACUCGACUCCAACAAGCUAGGAAAAUUCGAAGGAAGAAGCUACUCCUGAAGUUCAAAAGUUAUUCUCGUCUGGUCAUCUUUAUAAUCAGGCUGUGCAAAAAUCACUUUUUGAGUGUCGACGACAGCGGGCGCUCUCAUCGAGGCCAAUACUUCAAGGAUGGCGAGGAGGAUGAAUUGCUGUUUGACGUCAGGUACUUCAGGGCCCACAAAGAGGCUGGCAUCUCCACAGAAUGCAAAAAGAUCUUGAGUUUACCGUCACAUCAAAGGACGGACAAAGAGGAGUAUCGGGCUCUGAUCGCCUUGCGAAAUUUCCCGACGUUUGCCGAGUUCCCUCUCGGGAUGCAGCAGGAGAUCGUCAAGGUUGGUUGGUACGAGAAGUACCAGGCACAGAGAGUCAUCCUCAGGCAGGGACACCGGCCUCUCAACUUCUACUUCAUCAUGACUGGGUCAGUAAUGGUGCGAGUUCUGGAGGAAGGAAGUGACAACCCACGGACGGUGGUGUAUCUCAAUCGAGGAGAGACCUUUGGAGAGUUAGGCUUGGUGAAUCGGGAGCGGAGAAAAUCAACAGUCAUUAGCAGAGAGCGGGUGGAACUGUUGUGCAUCGGGGACGCCGUAAGUCAACCCAUAUUUUUGUCAUGUACAAUCACUCACAAGACUAAUGAAUUAUUGAAGUCAUUGCCGCCUUUAAACGGGUCUGUUUACUCAUGGUCGGAUCCAGUUGGAUAAGUAUGCAGACAAUCGAAAAAUAGGGCCAGAGCCCUCAUUUUUAAAUGUCUGCCUCCAUUUGUUUCUUUGAGUGCAUAAUCGUAGCGAGAAAAGCGGUCGCUUCCUAUU